AUGGCGGCCGACAACAACCACAAUCCGGACCAACGCUCGACGAAAUGCAACUCGUUUCACAUUCAAGAAAAACCCCUGUCGAGCCAGCCCGUUAUCUUCAAUCCGGACUUUUUUGUGGAAAGGCUGAGACAUGAGCACCCCCAGGCCUUCACGGAUCUGGUCCUCAGUAACAUUACUCGGCUGAUCGACUUGCCUGGAGACGAGUUUUCUCAACUCAGUGGUGACGCUGAGCCCAGAGUGCCUUCGUCCUCUUCUGCUGGUGGCUUCCUGCGCUCCUUCAACUUUCUGAGACGGAAAGAAAAAGGCCUUAUUUUUGGUGCACCUUUGACCGAAGAAGGAAUUGCGCAGAUCUACCAACUUAUUGAAUACUUGAGUAAAAACCUCCAUGUGGAGGGCUUGUUCCGUGUACCAGGCCACAGUCUACGUCAGGCUGCCCUAAGAGAGAUGCUAAACUCUGGUGCAGAUAUUGAGCUUGAGACUGGCGACUUCCACCCGAAUGAUGCUGCAUCUCUGCUCAAAGCUUUUCUGGGGGAACUCCCAGAGCCUCUUCUCACUCACAGACACUUCCUUGCUCACAUAAAGAUUGGAGAAUUGACUCGCUUUGAUGACCUGGGAAAUAAGACCGCCAUUGCUGAUAAAGAGCGCCAGAUAGAGGCAUUUCAACUGCUCUUCAUGUUGUUGCCCCCAGCCAACCGCAGCCUAUUAAAACUGCUCCUCGACCUUCUGUACCAUACGGCCCGUAACCAACGUGUCAACAAGAUGUCAGCAAUAAAUCUGGCUACAAUGUUCGCCCCACAUAUCAUUUGGCCCAAACAUGUUACAGCUAGCGAUCUGCAAGAAAAUAUUGAGAAACUAAAUAAAGGUGUAGCAUCACUAAUUCGAUACUCACAAAAAUUAUUCAAGGCACCUGUUUAUAUCAAAGAAUAUGCAAGAUUAUACUUCACUGGAUCAACAGCACUUAGAUCGACUGACGACAUGACUGUUUUUUCCGACGGUAUGAAUAGCCCUACAGUGUCUCUUUCAACCCCAACAAAAAGGACAGGGCCAGCCCUCGAUGACCCAGAGAACCAGAACUACACAGAGUCUGCACUGAAGGAGCUCUACCAGCAGGUCAACAAGAUGCCAGAGUCUGCGAAGAAGAAGAAACUCAUUAAGCAGUUGGAGAAGCCAGUCCAGACUCCUACAGACUCAAGAGCUGCUUUUUCCAGAAGACACUGGCGGUCACGUUCUUUGGGAGAAAGAAUCAAGAGGAAGGUGUUGGGAAGCCAGAUACAAAUUGAUAAUGAAAAUCGGCGUCUAAAAAGUACCAUAUCCAACACGUGUGGUGAAUCCCCAAAAGUGAUUAAAGACUGA